CAGAGAAGAGGUUCCUAAAGCGUAAAGUAUAAAGGAGCAUCAAAAUCAAAUAACAGCAACCUGAACAGAGCUGAAAUGGAGAGCUCGGUUCCAACAGAGGAGAUGUUAGAAACCCUAACGAAGAGAGGAUGGUGUUUUGGGAACGUAGAAGAAGUGAAAGCAGUGAUCAUGAUCAAUUCAGCUUUGCACGACGAAGGCUGUACUGUCGAUUCCGUUGAAUCGGAACUUGCAAACAUGGACUUGAGAUCCAUCGGAGCCAAGUCCUUGCCCGAUCCAUCUCUUCUCCGCAAAUCUUCUUAUCUCCACGGCCCCAAAGUUCUUCAGAUAUCUUCUGUGAGGGACAUAUCCCAAAGUAGCAUUGCCGAUUCUUCCGGAAAUUCAAGUAGCCGGAGGCUCCUAAGGUUGAAUCUCACUGAUGGUUGCACUGAGAUGACUGCUAUAGAGUAUUCUCCCAUACCAGCGAUUCCUGAUAAUGUUGUUCCUGGUACUAAGGUUCGUUUGGAAAAAAAAGCUGCAAUACAUAAUGGUAUAAUAUGUUUGAAUCCUAAAGUAAUAACUGUUUUAGGAGGUGUUGUCAAAUCCCUUUAUGAAGAAUGGCAGAUGAACCAAAAGUAUUCAGGUUUUUCACGUUCAUCCUUAAGGCUAUCACAGGAAAGUGGCACUGGUGGCCCUCCACCUUUUGAGAAGCUGCAAAUUGGGGCACCCACACGUCGGUCUUCUGAGCAAGGGAGAAUUUCUUCUUGCUAUGGAUCAACAUCCAAGAACAUGAGACCAACUGUUGCGGAAACUAGACAAAUGGGAAGAGAUCAUAACCUUCAUUUGAAAGCAGAAAAUACAGAGGAUGAUCUCAAAGCAGCCUCCCUUAUUGAAAGAACUGAAGAAAAACCAAGUAGCUCAGAAAUGAGACCAAAAGAAGUGGCUGAAUCUGUACCUGUUCAGAAUCAAGCAGCUGCUCAAAAACUUCUCCAGAAGAUGAAUAAUCCAAAUCGGGAUGAUCGGCAUUCCAAAGGUCGAAAACAUAGGGGAAAGGGGAAGCAAGAAGAGGCGCCAGUCUACACUCUAGAUGAAUGGGAAAAGAGAAAAGCUGGGCCAAAAACUUCAAUAAAAGAUGAGCUUACAGAUGUUAGCCGGGAUGAGGAUCUUGCAUGGCAGCUUCAAAAUCAACUUGAUGUGGAAGAUAAUGUGCUGAGGGAUACUCACAAGGCAGAAGCAGAGAAUAUAAGAAUGAGCAUGUUCAAUUAUGAAAGAGAUGAGGAUAGGAACCAGGGAACUCGUCAUAGAGGAAGGGGAAGAGGCAGGGGAAGAGGUAGAGGAAGAGGCAAAGGGAGAUUUGGUUGAUCAUUUGGCCCACUUCUCAUUAUUAUUUCGCCCAUAUUACCAAAUUUUGUCUGGUAACUACUUUUUCCUCAACUUGUGUUCAUUUGAAUGCCAUUUUGAAGGUGCUGACUCCUAAAUUUGUAAAGAAUUCUCUUGUCUAUCUGUGCUUUUUCUGAGUUGUGUAACAAAAAGGUUCCAUUUUUUCCUCCUGAAGGUUUUGAUUGUCAGCAGAGAUCGGGACCCAGUUUCAACAACCCUGCAUUAUGAUCUCACGGCUCCCAUAUCAUAGAGACGAGUUUGUAUUUAAGCAACACAGGCUGCUUCUUUUACCUCACAUUUUAAUGAGUCCAUUUUUACAGGUCCCAAGUUUUGCCUUCAUUUUAGCCUCUUUUUCCCUUUUCCAAUGGUUUCUAAGCUGUUGUGCUUCCACAUAAACAUCGGCCUCUUUCCUUUGUGUAUGCCUUUCUAGUUGGGGGAUUGUGAACUAAUAUGUGGAUUCCCUGUGAUAUAUUUGGAUUUAAUGUUUUUAGAUAA